UCCUAAUAUAUAAAAUAUCCAGAUUAAAAAUAUCUAAAUUCAUGGUUUAUAUUUAUUUCUUUUAAAAGCAAAAGUAAAUAAUAGCUUUCUAAAUAUAAAAUAAUUAAAUAAUAAAAUAAUAAUCCACCAUUAAAUUACCAAUACUUAAUUACGACCUUAUUUUUCUUCCCUCUUUCCCGACAGAUAUUGAGACCUCUGCUUCAAACAUUUACUAUUUCCCUUUCAAAAAUCCAAACAAAAAUUCCUUCUUCUUCUUCUUCUUCUUCUUCCCACACAGAUAACAAUGGCGGACACUGCGCGUAAGCCUCACGCGAUUAUGAUCCCGUACCCGUACCAAGGCCACAUCAACCCCUUCGUAUCCCUAGCUAUGAAAUUGGCAUCCCAGGGUUUCACAAUCACCUUCGUCAACACUCAAUCCGUCCAUUCCCGCAUCUCCCGCGCUCAAUCCGGCACCGACGCCGCCGACAUUUUCGCCGGAGCCAGGAAUUCCGGCCUCGACAUUCGCUACGCCACCGUCUCCGACGGAUUCCCCCUCGGAUUCGACCGCUCCGCCAACCACGACCAGUUCGUCGAGGGCCUGAUCCACGUCUUCUCCGCCCACGUCGACGAACUUGUCGCCACCCUGUCCGCCUCCGAUCCGCCGGUCACCUGCUUGAUCGCCGACACGUUCUACGUCUGGUCGUCGGCGAUCGCCGCCAAACACAACCUGGUCAGCGUUUCGUUCUGGACGGAGCCUGCUUUGGUCUUGUCUCUGUAUUACCACCUAGAUCUCCUCAAGAAAAAUUCCCACUUUGGUUCCAAAGAAAAAAGAAAGGACACAAUAGACUACAUCCCCGGAGUUGAAACGGUCAAUCCGACGGACCUCCCAUCGUACCUCCAAUCCGACGACACAUCAACGGUGGUCCACCGCGUCAUAUACCGUGCCUUCACCGACGUAAAAAAAGCCGACAUAAUAAUAUGCAACGCAGUCCAAGAACUCGAGUCCAAAACCCUCUCGGCCCUCCACACAAAGCAGCCCACUUACGCAAUAGGCCCAAUCGUCUCUUGCUUCACCAACCAGACCAUAGCCACUAGCCUCUGGUCCGAAACCGACUGCACGCCGUGGCUCAACAACAAACCCGACGGGUCCGUUUUAUACGUCUCGUUCGGUAGCCACGCACACACCACUAGCAAGCAGGAUAUAUGGGAAAUAGCUCACGGCCUAUUAUCUAGCGGGUCGGAUUUCAUCUGGGUUGUCCGACCCGAUAUCGUCAGCUCUGACGAGGCAAAUUUUUUGCCGCCCGGAUUCGAAAAUAGCAUCAAGGGUAGAGGGGUAAUUGUGCGGUGGUGUAGCCAGAUGAAGGUGAUUUCGCACCCCGCGAUCGGAGGGUUUCUGUCGCACUGCGGGUGGAAUUCGGUUCUGGAGAGUAUAUGGUGUAAGGUGCCGUUGAUAUGCUUCCCUCUCUUUACGGACCAAUUCACGAACCGUAAGUUGGUGGUGAAUGAUUGGCGGAUCGGAAUUAACCUCUGCGACAGGGAUUCGAUUACGCGCGGCGAGGUGCGGGAGAAGAUCGAGUAUUUGAUGAGUGGGAAGACUUCGGAGAAGUUGAGGAAUGCAGUCAAGGAGGUGAGUAGGACUUUGGAGAGUGCAUUGACUAGUGAUGGAGCAUCUGAGAAAAAUUUGAGCUUGUUUAUUGAGGAUUUAAAGUCCAAAAUAAAUAGGAAAACCGGGCCGGGCUUUGAGUUAGAUGACCAAUCUCUUGUUUGGGCUCCUAGAGCACUUAAUCUAUGUGAGCAAACAAUUUAGUGUUUUUCUUUUUCUUUUUCUUUUUUCUUUUUUUUUUUAAUUAUUUUUUUCCAAAUUAGAUAAUUCAAUGGGCUUUUUAAUUUAGCCCGUGUGCUCUUGUUUAUGGACUUGAAUGCUUGCCAAGUAGAGAAACUAAAAAAGAAGAGAUAAUUUGAACUCUUCAUUUUUUUU